CCCGGGACUUCAGUGAUCUGUCCGUGCACUGUACCGCUCAACAUUUCUUGUGGAAAUCUUGAGACAGGACAACAAACAGACUGUAUUGAGAGAGUCUACAGUUGCCAGUUUUGACGGGUCGGGCCCCCUACCCACAGCACCCCACCAUGCCUCUGGUUACGAGGAAUAUAGAGCCACGGCAUGUGUGUCGCCAGACCAUCCCUGCCAAUAUCCGCAGCGAGCUGGAAUGUGUCACCAAUAUCAGCCUGGCCAACAUCAUCCGCCAGCUCGGCAGCCUCAGCAAAUAUGCAGAGGAUGUGUUCGGGGAGCUGUUUGUGCAGGCUGGAGCAUUUGCGACCAGAGUAAAUACACUGGGAGAAAGAGUGGACCGUCUGCAGGUUAAAGUCACCCAGCUGGACCCCAAAGAAGAGGAGGUCUCUCUGCAGGCCAUCACUACCCGUAAGGCCUUCCGCAGCAGUGUGACCCAGGACCAGCAGCUGUUCACCAGGCCGUCUCUACCAGUGCCUGUGCAGGAUACCUACAUAACCUGUAAUCCGCCUCCACCCCUCAACUACCUCAGCCAAUACCGGGACGAUGGGAAGGAGGCGCUGAAGUUUUACACUGAUCCCUCCUACUUCUUCGACCUGUGGAAGGAGAAGAUGCUGCAGGACACCAAGGACAUCAUGAAGGAGAAACGCAAGCACAGAAAGGAGAAGAAAGACCAUCUGAACCAACGGACGCUCAAUCCAAGAAAGAUCAAGACCAGGAAGGAGGAAUGGGAACGCCGUAAAAUGGGGGAGGAGUUUGUGGUGCCAAAGAAUGAUCUGAUGAAUUCUUCUGAGGGUCUGAAUGGCAGCAUUGGAUCUGGAGAUGGCUUCAAUUCCGAAGGCCUCGAGCAGAGUACCAACUCCUACGCUUAUGAUCCUGGCUCGCCUCUCUCUCCUCCUGGCACUGAUGACUUCCUGCCUCCUCCACCUCCAGACAUGGCGUAUGAUGGCCAGUACGGAGCACCAGCCCAGAAGCGCGUCAGCAUGCUGAGUCCAAACCACCCACCUCCUGCUCCCCCCAUGGCCUCUUCCCCUCCCAGCUCUCGCCCCAGCCUCUCCCCUCCCCCUGCACCUCCUCCCCCUCCUCCAUCCUCUGGCUUCGGGGUCCCCCCACCUCCCCCUGGCUUCGACAGCCCACCUCCCCCUCCUCCGCUCUCCUCCUCUCCCACCUCCUACCCCUCCCCACCUGCUCCGCCUCCUCCACCUGCUAUGUCCGGUGUUUCUCCACCUCCUCCGCCACCUAUGCCUGCAGGUGGUGGUGGUCCACCACCCCCUCCUCCUCCUCCUCCUCCCCCUGGACCACCUCCCCCAUCCUUUGAGCACUCUGCUCCCCCUCCUCCCUCUGGUGGUGGGGCACCACCCAGUUCUGCUCCCAAACCUCAGCCAGAGCCUGCUGGUGAUGCUCGCAGUGAUCUGCUUCAGGCCAUCCGACAAGGUUUCAACCUGCGUAAGGUGGAGGCACAGCGGGAGCAGGAGAAGAGGGAUCACUUUGGCAAUGACGUGGCAGCCAUCCUGUCCCGUCGUAUCGCCGUGGAGUGCAGUGACAGCGAGGACGACUCCUCAGAGUUUGACGAUGACGAGUGGUCCGACUGAUCUUCAUCCCCUUUCUCCCUCACUACCACCUUGGUAUCUUCCCUCAGCCCUAAACAACAUCCGUAUAUUUCCAUUCAGAUUACGUUCUUAAGUACCAGAGAGACAGAGGUCCGUAUUCUGACCUAUUUCAAAUCACAUUCCUUGAACCAUUUAUUUUUAUUUAUCCAAAAUUAUUCCGAUCAGAGGUGCAAAAGUCCAAAGCUUGAUUAAAAUAGUGUGUGCCUGGUUGUGUGUCCUCAUUUGACAUUGCUUUCAUUGGAUGACACAGUACGGCAACCGAUGUUAGUGUUGUGUGACGUGAUGCACAUCUCACUGCUGAGUCUGUGCGUAAGCACAUCACCUCUGUCUGUAUCUUCGUGUCUCAUAGAAUCAGGUGCUCUCUGCUGUUGGCCAAAUGUCUGCUCUUAUCUGCUUUAGUAUAUCACGGCACAGGAUAACAGAGAGGGAGCACACACACGAGCGUGCAGCCUCUCACAUGCACAGUAUUUGUAUGUGCUCAGUGGGAAGACACGAGGUGUUGAUGUCAAAACAUUUUUUGCUCACUCAGAUUAUAUGAUAUAGAUGUAAGGUUUAUAUUACGUAUUGAAUCAUAUCCAAUUAUGAUAAUUAAGGCAAUCCUUUUAUAUUCCUUUAUCACUUAUCCUUUCUCCACUUUUGUAUUCAGUCUUCCUUCUUUUUGUGGUUGUCAUGGGAACAAUUCACGUGUGUAUGAGACAUGGUUGUAGUUUAUAACAAAUCCAUGAGUUAAUGAUUCAGUGUGACAGGGGAAGUAUUGGCUCAUGGCAGACACCUGGGGUGUUUGAGAUCAGCAUACUGAACAUAUGCAGAUAUUUCGCACAAAUAUGAUUCACUGUGUGUUUCUGUUAUGUAUUUCCUCCUGCUGUUUCUUUUUUUACUUUUCUGGGGAUCAGUAGGCUCUGAUGCUUUAAUGACUUUGCUCUGUGUAGAAUCAGGCAGCUGUUUGCCUGCUGCCUGAUAAGUGCCUUUUUUAUACUGCAUUUCAGUGUCAGUGCAGGUUUGUUUUGGUAUCCACACUGGUCACUGAUCAGCGUCUUCCUAAAAUAUUAUCAGCUGCCACGGACGAGUCAAAUGUAGAACUGACUGAUGUUUAGUGUGGACCACGUAUUUCUCAAGUGCCUUCUUGUUUUAAGUCUGCCUGUGUUACAGCACAAUCACACAGCAUGCAAAGCUUCUCCUGCCUUAAAUUUCCAAAUGAUUAUUUCAAUAAAGAUAGAGUGUAUUACAGUGA